AUGAAAUACCCAAUUUUAUUGCCCAAGAACUGUGACUUCACAAAUAGUUUAAUAAAGAGAAUACAUGAAGACAACUACCAUGUUGGAGCCAAUCAUACAUUGAGUUUAAUUCGGAAGUUGUACUGGAUACCACAGGGUAAAGCUCAAGUUCAAAAGAUUAUAAGACAGUGUUCGAGCUGUAUCAAGCAUGGAGGCGGUCCAUUCAAACUUCCGCCUACUCCUGCACUUCCUGCUGAAAGAGUGAACUAUAGUUCACCUUUUACAUUUACUGCACUUGAUUAUUUAGGACCAAUAUUAGUAAAGACUGAAAAUGGAGUUUCCAAGAGGUGGAUUUGUUUAUUCACUUGUUUAGCUGUAAGAGCUAUACAUCUAGAAAUGGUACAAGAUUUAUCUGCUAAAGAAGGGCUACUUGCUCUAAGACGAAUGAUUUCUACAAGAGGGACUCCUGGUUUGAUGAUUUCAGACAAUGCUUCACAAUUCAAACUUAUAUCAGAGCUUCUAACCAAUCCAUACUGUAAAGAGAAUAAAAUUACAUGGAAAUUUAUACCACAGUUAUCACCAUGGUUUGGUGGUUUUUAUGAGAGACUAGUGAGUCUAGUAAAACAUUGUAUGAAGAGAACAUUGCAUAAACAUUUGUUAAAUGACAGUGAAAUCAAUACAGUUAUUAAAGAAAUUGAAGCUAUUUUAAAUACAAGACCACUUACCUGUGUCGAUUCAGAAAUGGUGCAUAUACUGAAACCAGCUGAUUUUUUGAUGAUGGGUAAAUGUAUCAGGACAGAGACAAUAAGUGCUAAAGAUAUUCUUAUUGAAGGCACAACAACGAAACAAGAUUUGAUUCAAGGCUGGAAAAGAGCUUUAGUAAUUCUAGAUGAGUUUAAAGACAUGUUUAUGAACCGAUAUCUUUCUAGUCUUCGGGAAAGAUUUCAAAAUUCAUUAAAGGAGCCAAGAAUUAAGUCUCAGUUAAUACCUAAAGAAGGACAGGUAGUACAGAUAAAAGGAGAUACAAAAAAUAGAGAAGAUUGGAAAGUGGGUAGAAUAGUCUCACUUACUACAAGCAAAGAUGGAUUUUGUAGAGUAGCUAAUGUUAAAGUUGGAAACAAGAUAUAUACGAGAUCAAUCACUCAGUUGUAUCCGCUUGAAGUUGAGGAUUUUGAUAAUGAGAAUAUUGAGAAUAGUUCUGAAAAUAUUGGUCAAACUCUAAAGAGAACAAGAAUAGUUGGUUCUGUGAAUGAUUCAAGGCCUAUAGACAUACCUAAAGAGGUAAUUACUAAUAUACAAAAUAAAGAUAAUGAUAUAGAAAUGGAAACUGUAAGAGACAGCACUAAACGAAUAAUUGAUGGGGUUACUGAAGUUGUCAGUGAACCAGAUAAUGAUAUUACUGAAGUUGUUAAUGAAUCAGAAAAUGAUGUUAAUGAACAAGAGAAUGAUAAUGAGUCUAGACCGGUGCGUGCCGCUGCCACGAGAGCCCUGGAAAAGAUAAGGGAACGGACGGCCAACUUGGUCGCCCUACUAUGA